CUGCCCUGCACCAGCUGGAGAGGAAUGCAGACUGAGUCACGGCUGCAGUCUCCUCUGAACGACAAUAUGACUGAAGCCGAGUUAUAUACGCUCUACAAAGGAAUGUAUCUGCCUUCACAUCUGCAUUCACCUCAGAGCCUCGCAUACUUCGAGGGAUUCACUUUCCGACCAGACGAUGUUGUUAUUGCAACAUAUCCCAAGUCGGGUACAACUUGGAUGCAGGAGAUCAUCCCUCUGAUCAUGAGUGGAGGUGACCCAGCUGCCGUGGAGUCUCUUCAUAAUUGGGACCGUGCUCCCUGGUUGGAGGAGCAACGAGCCUCCCAACUGAAUCUAGAGGAGAGGCCGUCUCCACGCGUAUUAACGACUCACUUCAAAUACAACAUAAUGCCUCCAAGCUUCUUUGAAAUAAAGCCAAAGGUCAUCUAUGUCAUGAGAAACCCCAAAGAUGUGUUUACAUCUGCCUUUCAUUAUUAUGGGAUCACCUCCUACAUGGUAAAACCAGGGUCACAGAGUGAGUUCCUGCACAAGUUCCUGGAUGGAAAAGUUCCUUUUAACUCAUGGUUCGAUCAUGUGAAGGACUGGCUGAAUGCUGAAGAUAAAGGCCACAUAAUGUACAUCUCCUAUGAAGAGAUGAAAAUGGACCUGAAUGACUCUGUGACCAGAAUCGCUCAGUUCUUGGAGAAACAUCUGGAUCCUGAGGUGAUCGAGAAGAUAGCAGAGCGCUGUUUGUUCCCGAACAUGAAACUCAACAAAAUGUCAAACUACUCGGACGUUCCUCAGGAGUUUAUGGACCAGACAAAGUCGGAAUUCCUCAGAAAAGGAAUCGCUGGAGACUGGAAAAACCAGCUGACAGCAGCAGAGGCAGAAUACUUUGACACAGUUUACAAAGACAAAAUGAAAGAUGUCAAAUUUACAUUUGUAUGGGACUAAAAAAGAACUUUAUAUUUCUAUUUUCACAGACAAAAUCUGUCUUUUGUUUUAUGUACUGUAAUCUUUCUCAUUUUGUCCAGUUAUACAAAAUAAACCUUUCUGAAAUUAA